UAAUUUAUACUCAGGCUCCUGAGGCGCUACCACAAAGGUCUUUCCCUGCACAGUUACGAUCCAGCAUGUGAUAACGUGUCCUAACUAGAGACAGUUUGAGAAGUUUUGGUCCAACUACAAGUAUGUAAAAGUGACACCAGUGUGUGCUGACGUGAUAAUAAAUGUAACUUAACAUUUCUGUUGUUCUUACUGUGAGUUUCCUGUUCUAACGUUGGGGACAUGCUUCAGCCUGAUUGGCUGUCUUACAGAAGCGUGCAAAAUGACCUCGGAGGUGUGUCCGUUCUGUGGGAAAACUUACAAAAGACUGAAGAGUCACCUGCCACACUGCAAGGCAGCAGCGAGAUCCCAAACACCUCCAAUCGAACAUGACGUCACGGCGAACGAGACGUCACCUUCGAGAUCGGCCGCUGACUUGACCAAAUCGACAGCAAAAGGGGAGAAGCCCGCUCAGACCCCGUCAAUGGCUGCGAGUCCACAAACAAAGAAGAGUAAAAAGGUGUCCACAGCACCACCGCCGCAGUCAUCGUCGACAGCAGCACCUUUACAGAGUGCAAGUACAUCAAAGUCAUCAUCGGCUAAGAAGAAGAAACAGAAGCUGUCUGAGCAAAUCAAGGCAGCCACCAUGCCCCCCUCCACCACCAUGCCUCUUAUCUCCACCCAAUCACAGUCACCACCUCAAUCUCCCACCAUCUCUAAGCCCCAAAACAAGAGACUUCAUGCUUUGAUAGAAGCUGCAAAGUCUAAACAGGUUCCUAAGGGAUCACUGGAGGGAACCAGAUCUGCCUCAGAGGACCUGUCCUCAGCUUCGGCUCCAUUUGUAUCCGAUCCUCUAAGAUCCAGAACCACAGCACAAACAGACAGCAAAACUCAUCCUAAGAAAGACUUGGUAAAAGACAACCCCCAUCCUGACAUUCUGUCUACAGACACCAAACCCAAAGGUGCAUUUAAAAUGAAAGCGUCAAAGGCGAAGAAGGCGGCACAGUCCCUUUCUACAACCAAAGACGCCUCUAGCUCUCUGGACUCUGAAGUAAAUGAAAAGACUCUGAGACCUCGUGUAAGAGACGACUUCUUGGUGGACAACCAGAGCGAAACUGAGGAUUUGUCUGGGAAUGAGAUGUUUUUGAAAUCAGGAAGUGGUCACCGGGCCAGGAUUACCCUCCAGGACGUUAAAGCUACAUUAGGCCGAGCUAACACUACCCGGAAGUCCAGCAGGCCGAGCAUCCUGGGCCUGAUUGAAACUGCUGAUGAUAUAAGCAGCAAAAUCAGACCUGAUGCCAGUCUCAGUCUGGUUCCACCUCCAACAGGGAAGGAAGAAGCUGUUGAUAGCUGCUUGGUAACUAAGACCCUGUCAGACAAGCUGCCCAGCACCAGUUCGCAACAUGCAGAGCUACAGUCAGUUAAGAAAAUAAGUUCAAACUCCAAACAAGCAUCUUUAAUCCCCCUGCAACAUGAUGGUUCCCCUCAGGCUGAACUAACUUCCUGUACAACUCCCCUCCCUUCUGGACAUCUGUUGUCUCAGGUGAUGCGAGCAAAGGACUUCCCUCCACAUACAUUCAACCUGAAUGAGAGGCUGAACGUGGGUCAUCACAUGACAGGACAUCUUUUCCCUCCUUCACCACAAAAUCCACCGGCAAGGGUGGAGAUAUUUAAAGCUGUUGAUGGGCUGAUGGCGGCCAAGUCACAGCUCGGCGUCAUGAAACAGAACACUGCUGAUAAUGGAACUAAAGGUGCUCUAACACAGCAGAGUCUUGGACAGGUGAGACUCAGGGACUUACCUGAGUGGCUGAGUGGCAAAUCUCCCCGCCGUCCAAGAGAUGUGCUGGCAAUGGUACAAAGAGGCUGGCAGUGGUAUUACAGGAGGUAUAUAGAUGUGAGGAAAGGUGGAGUAGGUGGACUGAGCAUGUUGUUGGCAGGAUACUGUGUGCUCAGCUACAUCUGGAGUUACCCUCAUAUAAAGCGAGAUCGCUGGAGGAAGUACCACUGAGGCCAAAGGAAGAUGUUCAGACAGCCUCUUUGGAAGACAUGGCAGCUACGGUCAGCAGCUGGUUAGCUUAGCUUAUCAUGAAGACUAGAAACGGGGAAACAGCCUGGAUCUGUCACACUGGAACGAAAACCAUCUAACGGCACCUUUGAAGUAAUUACCUUCUUAUAUCUUGUGUAAUCCAUACAAAAACUGCAGUGAAAAAAACAUGAAGAGUAACCAGGAACAACCCGUCUGUAGUCUGUACUGGUUUCCUGGCAACUUCAUAGUGCCAAGAAAUAGUUCUUGAUAUAUGACCUCGGUAAAAUGGCAGAUUUUAUAUUAAAUUUUAUAAAUAUUUCAACACUUUAUUUUUUCUGUACAGAUUAAAUAAAGGAGACAUGAAGUGUCAGUAAUCUUUAGUCGUGCUACUACGCAGAUCCCCUUAACAUUUGACAGAGCCCAGCUAGCUGUUCUCCAAAACACUGAAUUAUUUUAUUAACAACUGAAAAAGUUGUGAUUUUGAUUCCCGUUGUUUCAUUGUCAACUGAAAGCCUCUGGGCCCUGCACUGUGGCUUCUAUGUAUUGCUUUAUUUCAGAUUAUUUAUUUACAUAUCUACGUUUGUCUUAUUUAGUUUGCUUUGUGUGUUGUUUUUACUGUGGGAGGAGAAAAUGUUCACACGAGAACUACUUAUGAUUGAUUUGCAGUGGGAUCUGCUUGGUCAGCAGACGCCAUGUGUUGCAGUACUGCUGUUCCCGGGGGCUCCACUAGGUGUCACUAUUGUGUUGUGUUCCCAAAGCCAAAGGGGCUGGGCUCAGUUUUCUUAGCUCCUUUGUGCAGAGGCAUUUUUGCUGGGGUGCAUGAGAGGAUUAGAGGGAACAAACAGAUUUUUUUGACUUGAUAAAAUCUUACUCUGGCAGCUCGGAUGAAGAGAAACAUGAAAUUCAAAAUGUCCUGACAUCAAUCUCAGUGAAAAGAUAGUAUCUGUGUAGCAGAGGGUUACAAAUCUGUUUUUCUUUUGCAAAUGCUUAUUCUGUCACAUGAUGUUAUUAUGCAUGCUUAGUUUGUCAGUGCCAGUAUGCGAACACUCACAGAAUAGUAAUGGAGGCACACUGAAGGAGGUUCUCAGCCGGACUGGACCAGUUCGUUAUUGUAUUCAAAAUGAAUUUAUUGUUGACUCUCUUUGUUGCUGUAGUGAACACACAUUAGCUACAAAUGAAGAAACGACAGUAUUUUUAGAACAUUUUCUUUUCCUGAUGCUGCUUCUCAGCCAACACAAUAAAAAAUAAUUUCCAUUUUCUCA